AUGCGAUCAGCGCCCACGGCGCUCUCAGGGCGUUUGAUCCCGCAAGUAAGUGACAACGAGCAGGCGCCAGUCAAGGGCGAAGAAGACGCGUGUGAAGCUCCGAGCGACAGCCUCCCGCCGCCGUCGCUACACAACGCAGUGCUCGUGGAGUCGCGCUUUUACCGCGUGUUGCACGAGUCGAAGCUCUACUCGAUCGAUUUUGACGGGGUUUGCAAUGUACCCACUUUCGACCACACGGAGGCCAAACUGGACGAGGUGCACCACCGCGCCCUAUCAUUGGCCAAGAGCGACUACAAAGCCGUGCGCAUCCAGGAGCUGGCGCGCGCGAAUUAUGGACGCACGGCCUCUGCCAAGAGCCGAUAUCAGAUGUUGCACCAAGAGCGCAAUGCCUAUAGUGUUGUGAAGAUGCCAGAGGAAGUGGUGAUGAGCAGCGGCCGCCUGCAGUGUCUAGUCGGAGAAGCGAACGUGCCGACGUGGUUCAUCCGUCUCGCUUACGUGGAGAACGCAUUCAUGAUGAUGUCCAGGAAGACGACAAAGCGAGGGACCGAAUCGGGGAACGCAGCGUCGGAGAUGCAGCUGUUGGAGUUGUUGCCGGAAGACGAGAAGGCAGUUGUGGCCAAGGGACGGUUUUACUACCGAGUGCUGGUGCCGAUUGAGCUGCGCAAAGCGCCGGAUCUGCUAGCGCCAAUGAUCUCGAGACACGUGUAUAAGAAUGCAGAAGAGAUUAUUGAAUGCCACGAGAGGUAUCGCUGCCCACAGAGUGGAGUGACGUUUGUCAAGUUGGCAUACGAAGACGGGUGGCUCUUUGAGACGCUCAACUCAGGGAUCAAGGUGCUGGAGAGGCUAGCAACAGAGCCUGAUAUCGAAAACGGGCAUUUCUUCUAUGUGGUAAAGAUUCCGGUAGGCAUUCGUGUGGCGCCGCACAUUAUGGCUCAGCGGUCAGGUAAGGGCUUCAAGUUGCACUCGAUUGUGGAAGCGUCGCAGCGCUUUACGCCGCCAGGUAGCAAGAUCACGUAUGUUCGAGUGUGCAAGGACAAGUACGCUCGCUGUGGCUGCGCUCGUAGCCAUACAGGCAGUGCCGCUAGUCCAACGUCUAUGGCGCGUAAGUGCAGUGAUGGCGAUAGCAGUGGUGAGUCAUCGACGGAAGACAAGGCGUUUGCCACGUUGUCAGCACCUUCCACAUGUCGCGGGGGUUGGAUCUUUGAGACCACUAUGGACGGACAGGUGGUGCUGGAGCCAAUGACAGAGCCGAAAAUGCGACAGGUUGAGCGACUAUUUUACCGCGUUCUGGAAGAUGUGGACGUGCUUUCGACACCGGCAGGCGGUAGCGCAAUUGCAGUGUCAAGCUCAUUAAACCCAUCUAGUCCUCCCAGUCGACGCAAGCGUCUCCAAGAUACGCUUAUCGAGUGCAGUGAGAGGCUUGUGCCGGCGGUGUCACCCAUCAGGGAAGAGGCUGAUAACUCGGACUUGCCAGCGAUAGGUUUCGUGAAGUUACGUCACGACGUGGGGUGGAUAUGUGAGCGACAGCUGCAGCCUCCGUAUAAGUUGCUGCUGGAGCAGGUUCAGGGAUGUGCUGUCACGCGCGAUUUACCGAAGUUCUACCGUGUACUCGUGCCAGUAUAUUUGCGAUCAGCGCCAGAUUUUGAGUGUCCGCGAUUGCCGGGUGUAGCUCCUAUGACAGCAGGCACCGUCUUUGAGAGCAGUCUUCAGUAUUCACCUCCAGGUGGCCACGUCACGUACAUAAAGGUGGCCAGUGCGUCUCACCCGACCACAAAUAACGCUUGCAGUGGCUGGUUGUUUGAUCAAACACCCCGGGGUGACCGUGUGCUGGAGGCCGUGGACGAAGAUCCGGAACGGAAGAACGGCAAGUUUUUCUUCCGGGUGGUCAGCGAAAAGAAGGAAGUGUUGCUUUCGCCUGAGCGGACGAGCGAAGUCGUUCGUUACUUGCUUGCAAACACUAUUUUUGCAGCUGAAAUGGAGUACACGCUGCCACGAACCCGAGAGACGUAUGUGCGGCUUACGAAAGAAAAAGGCUGGGUCGGACUUGACCCGCCACGGCCACGAAGAGACAGUUCGUUGGGUUCUUUGCCGAGGAGCGCUCAUGGUAUCGAGAGCACAAGUGGAAACGAGGUUGUUCCACCACGAACACUUCUCCGAAUCUCAGAAGAGGUGUAUAACCUCUAUACAACACCGCCGAGUUGGGUUAGUGUCGGCCACCCGAAUCGUACUUGGUUCAAAGUUCCCGAUGAGGGCCACCGCUCGAUCUUGGCAGAAGAGACGAUGUUGCAGAUGUCUGUGUUUGAGUCACGCAACAUCCUAGCGUCGAGUUCCCAAGGCCGUGAAGGCGUACCCCUCUCGAGAAAGGGAACGCUUCGUCUAGACAACGGCAACACUGUGUGGAACUGCACGUUGGAAGAGAUCAAGCACUCAGCCAGUGCGUUGCUGUUUACAUUUCCGUGGAAACAAGUAUGGUGGAUCUUUUUGUUGCAAGGGUCCGACGAGCAGCAUAGUGUGGAAUUGCAGCAUGGUCUUCGUGGUGGGUUUCGUUCUAUUCUGUUGGACGGGGAGCCACUGCUGCAGAACCGCAGCGUGACGGACAUGCUAUGGGACUCCGGCAGCGAGUUCACUUUCACAUGGAAGACUCACACGUUCAAAGUGGUCAUAACACUCGAAGGCGCUUUCUUUUCGAAGUAUUUGCAGUUUUACAGCUACACGCUAAUCGUCGACGAGGAGAAUAUCAUUCCUGUCGAUCGGUAG